CUCUGCUGUGGUGCGCCCGUGCGUUGGUUGCAGUGCGUCAGAGUCGCCAGUGCUACAUGUGCUGUGAGUGAAUCGUGAGCGGUGAAGUGUAGUGCGUGUGGCAACAGGUGUGCCCAGGCGGUGCGCGUUGCACAAAAUGUGAAAAAGAUACGUGAUACCUGGGUAGCUCCAACAGCUGAGCAGGAAAAUGUCAGGUGAAGGCGCAGGCAGUCGAGAAACCCCAAUUAGUGAUAGUCCUUAUGAAUGUAAAAUGGAAGACAUGCAAAAAUGUGAGGGUGCAGCGGACAGUACGAAAAAUACUGACGGUUUUGUUACUGCUGAUAGUGCUAUUAAAGCUAACGGCCAGAUAGAUUUAUCACCAAAUGAAGAUAAAGAUGAUGAUAGUGAUACGGGCGACAGAGAUAAAAGUCCGGUUCACGUAUGGAAUGAGCCUGUAUCGCCUGUGGACAGUGAAGCCGACCAGUUUCAAGAUGCAUUUGAUUCAUUUCAUAGUAUAGAUAAUAUUGAUAAUGUGACAGUUUCAGAAGUUAAAUCUGUGAACACUAAAUGUGAUAUACAACAGUACAGCCAACAUAACAACAACUCGAAAAAUGUUGCUGACUCAGAAUUCAGUGCUGAAGAUAGUACUUCAAAUGGCAGUGAGAGCAGUACAAUGAGUGAAAGUACUCAAGAAUGUGAUGAGAAUAGGUGCAUACAAGAUCAGCAAGGAAUGUUAGUGGAAGAGGGAGUAGAAACAUCAAAUGAACAUAGUCUGAAAGGAAACUCUGAGGAACAGUCAGAAAAUGUUAAAGACGUAAUUGAUGAGGUUAUUAGUGAAUGCUGUGGUAAUGGUGAUGAGAAAAAACACCAACUCAGUAUGGAUUGCACACCUGUUAAGGAUUUGUCACAAGUAACACAGUUACCAGUUGUUGGGGAAAAGGAUUCUAUAAGGACAGAGGAAAACCAGUCUACUACAAAGGGAAGCACUGUAACAGAGGAGAGUGGUGAGGAAGAUGGGGUCAUGGACUUCCUUGGCAAGAGUAACAAUCAAGCAGAGGCACGCCUUGCAGCACGGAGGCAAGCAAGAGCAGAGGCCCGUGAGAUCCGCAUGCGGGAGCUUGAACGACAGCAGAAGGAACUUGAAGAAAAUGCUGACAAAGUCUACGAUAUGUACACGGAUCCAACAUCACGAGCAGCGCGUGUGGCAGCCACUGUUACAUCGGGAAGACUGUCUGCCGGUGCAGGUGGCAGUAGCGGGAGUUAUACGUCCAGCCGCAGAUCUUCCGAGGACUCUUUGGAGGAAGGUAUCAACCUUCGGGAUGUUAGGCUGGAGCUGAAGGAGGUAGAGGAGAAGUUCCGGAAAGCUAUGGUUCAGAAUGCCCAGUUGGACAAUGAGAAAGCUUCAUUGACAUAUCAAGUGGAGCUGUUAAAGGAUAGACUCGAAGACCUGGAAGAACAGCAUGCACAGCUGCAGAGAGAACACCGUGAUAAAUGCAGGGAGCAUGACCAGCUUAAGAGAGCAGCAACGAAGUUGAAGGAGGAAGUAGAGUGGUUUCGAAUUCAACUUGAGGAAAGAGAUCUCCUAAUCAAGGAAGCAGGCAUGACAAUAGUUGGCGAUGACCAGGUGUCAAGUGAAGAUGAUAGUGGAGGGGAAAGUGGUGGGACCCCAACACGACAACCACCUUCCAAACCUCGAAGAGCACUGGUGUCCAUUGAAUCCGCGGAACUCCUUGGAACAGCUGGCGAAGGCUCGCUUGAUGUACGACUGCGUCGGAUAGCAGAGGAACGCAAUGAGCUGCUGGAUGAGGUGCGUCAUCUCAAGUUGGAGCUCGAGGAGUCACGCAGCCGUCAGCAUAAAGUGUCGGGGUUGGGUACAGGAUUGACAAAUUCUGUUGCCAGCCUGAAUGGGCCAGACACUUCGGGUAUAGCUGCAGAUCUGCAGAGAGAAGCAAAUAAACAGCUGGGAGACUACAAGUUCAAGCUGCAAAAGGCUGAGCAAGAUGUGUCAACACUGCAGGCAAAUGUGGCGCGACUGGAAAGCCAAGUUAUUCGUUACAAAGCAGCAUCGGAGUCUGCUGAGAAAGUUGAAGAUGAGCUGAAAGUGGAAAAACGGAAAUUGCAGAGAGAGGUUCAUCAGUUGACCCAGCGCUUGAUGGAGACAGAAGAAGUGAAUAAAGCCUUGACCAGUGAGAUUGACCAAUUAAAGACUACACUCAGAUAACGUUACGUGAAGCCCAGGCACGGAUUGAAGAACUGGAGACGACCAACACACACCUCCAACGACGCCUUGAUAAGCUGAAGAGUGCCAAGUCUGCCCUGCUGAAAGAGCUGUGAGGCUCAUUUGCAACCUUACAUGCUGUAGCUGUGACUACUUGCAGCAUUUGUUCUCGCUUUGGCUGUCUCCACUGUGUAAUUGGCAAUAUCCGUGCCAUUUGCAAUGUACUGAAAUUAAUAUCAGGACAGUUUACCAUAGCAAGAAAGCUGAUAAAAGCAAAUCUCCUCAUCUGCUCUAGAGAGUUAAAUUUGUGUGCACCCUCCUGAUAUUUUAAAUUUUUUAUCUCAUGUGUCAGAUGUUAUCCGGCCUCAUGAUAACUGAUAAUAUGUGUUGAUAAAAGUGCAUGGACAGCCUGUGGUUUCAUUUGCAUAAACCACGUACAACAAAGUCCAAGAUAAUUCAGUUCAUCUGUUGUUACAUUAAAAUACAUUUGUCUGCAGCAUUGAGCAUGUGCUGCCUGUUGUGUAACUGUGUUUAUAAAAGAGGGGUAUUACUUUGCUGCUUGUCCCCCAAGUCACACAAUGUUACUAUUUACUUGUCAGCUUGACACAGAAGUUGAAGUGUGAUUAACAGUCAUAACAAAAUCAAGGGGAAAAUCUGAUGACCUGCUUUACUCGCAACCUUCAAAAUUGUAUCCAUUUUGAUCUAGUUGUACUGCAAAACUUUAAAACCAUGCUACUUUUAAAACUUCCUGAAUUUAUUAACCUGCUUCAUUGUGCUUUAUUUUAUAAUGAAAAUUGGAGAAAUCUUUACACAGCAGUUGAAAGAUAAAAGAUUUUGGUUCUCAUCUAGUUAACUGUUAGUAUACAGUUCAUAUUUAGUAAGUCUGAAACUCUGCUGUUUCUUUGACUUUGAGGUAUUGUGCAUUAAGAAAUACCAUAUUCUUUCUCAGGACUGUUAGCUGACAAGUAAAUUUUCAUAUUGAAGCAGUGUACCCUCUUAGGUCAUUUAAUGCAGUUAGUUUCACGUACAUCACAGUUUGAUUUGUUUUUACUGAUAUCACCCUAAAGUAAAUGGGCAAUAAUUUAGUCAGCAGUUUUUUUACCUGUAGAAUAAUAUUUUGUGAUACAAAUAAUUUUUAUGUCAUGGCUGGUAUUUGCAAGAUUUUUUUUGUGAAGUUGUGGAAAAAGCUUUAGAACAUAAUGAGCUGUAUGUUACUACUGCAUAAUUAUAUUUCACUGUGGUGUGCAUAAGAAAUAUACUGUUAUAAAUAUGGCAACUGGCAGGUACAUAUUUUUGUUGAACAGCAGUUAAUGUGUUUGUUAAUCCGUAUUAGUUUGUUGUAUUGUUACAUUGCAGCGCAGCCAUUUCUCUACAAGACACAUUUCAUAUAUGAUCUCAUGGCAGAGAUUGAUUGGAUUACAUCAGAUAAUCUCAGUAACUAGUAAUGUCUGUUAAAGGAAAUUUUUCUAACUUUCGUGUGUGUGCCAGUGGCAUCCAUUAUGUAAUCUGUGUGUUUGAUUUGCUGUAACAUUUUAUUAUACAUUUCAUUUCCAUUACUAUUGAUUUUAGAGUCGUAACAUGUUUUUCUGUCACUCAGUCCACAGGGUGCAUAUAAUUUUGUUACAUUUUCAGUUUACAUUGAAAUUAACUGUGCUGAUUAUAUCCUAACAAAAAAUUUUAGAAUAAUUGCAAUGCUCAUGGCUUUUGUGGAGAGUCACUCCAUGUUAUUGUAAACACUCCAUAAAUCGCAAGUAUCAUUGAAAAAAAAAGUGUGAUAUUUAUUUGGGUGUGGUUGUGUUUUAACGUGAUGGAUGAAUGUAACGUCAACUUAACUGUUGUUUGUGUGAAUGUGUAAUUAAUUUGUAUGAUGUUUGUGUGCAUCUGUAAUUAAACUAAAAUGUGCUAAAUAAUUACUUGAAAUAUUAGGGGGAGGGAAUACUAAAAUUCAUUUACAUUUUCCUCAUAUAAAAUCAUAAUGCAAAGAAGUAAUGUUAUGUUCAGUGACACUUCAUAAUGAGUGGAAAGAACCAGUCAUAAAAAUAACCCUUAAUGGCUCCUCUGCUAUGUAACUAAUUGUUUUGUAAUUUUGACAGAAAUGAAAGAUCCAGACACUUAGACUUAAUUUCUACAUUAUAACUUUUUGUUUAUUUGUUUAUGUUUCAAAAAAUACUUAAGUGCUUCAAUAAAAGUGGGCCAGAAAUUGUAAAGUUAAUACUUACAGCAUACUUGUAAUAAUGAACAUGCCUACUGAUGUUUCAAAAUUUAUUCAUUAUGUUACAGUCUCCUGCCUUUGUUAGAUGGCUAAAUUAAUGGUGGAGGAAAAGUUUUAAAGACUGAGUGUGAUAUUUUCUUAGAAUCCUUUUCUUGUAUUCUUUGUGCGUUAACACUUUUUUUAUAAAAAAUACUGAAUGACUAGUUCUUUCCUACUUCAGUUAUUUCUUGAGAUUUUGGGAAAUACACAAAGAAUCAUAUUGCUUUUCAGAUAUUUUCUGGCUUGACAUUUAUGUAGAUGAGCUACCCCUAAUACCCAGGUGUGUGAAUAUUUUGCAAAAUGAAAAGUUCCUCCAAUAUUUCAGAAGUCCAAUUUAAAAGAAGAAUUUUGUAUGUCAGACUGUGGCAUUUUGUACAAGUUUUGUAUAAAGUACUUUGUAUAUAGAGUGCUUCAUUUUGUAUCAGUGAUGUUGCUUCUUUGCUAGAAGCACAGAUAAUCAAAAUGCUUUUAUUGACAUCACAAUGUCCGGCAUCCACUGCCAUCGUUCUCUAUUGUGUAAUUGUCAAUUGUAAAAACAAAUUGUGUUAUAUGCGAAAGUAGAAACUGUGAUUAUCAUUUCACUGUAAAGUGAAUAGCAUAUUGAAUGAAAAUUAUUAGUGCUGUAAAAUAAUAUUUUUGUUUAGGCUUCCAUAAUGUUGAGUGAAGCUGUAAUUGAAGAAAACAUCAGUAUUCUUUUGUUAUGCUUUACAACAUAAAUACAAAUAAGAUUUUGUUUACAGCACAAUUUUAACAUUUGUGCAUUACAUGGCAUUCACCCCAAAAGGGAAUGAUGUAAAACACGAUAAGGUUGUCCAGGAUAUUAAUGUUAAUGUGGAAAUUUGUGCACUAAGCUGAGUGGCUUCUUUUCUCUCAGCUUGAAUCAAUAGGCAGAGUCUAUUGUCUUGUUAUGUAGGAUGUGUCAUUCCAUUGUUGUGAACCUAUUCAGAGGCUAUUGUGAUUAUGUGAAUCAGUCUGGACCAAAAAUUUCAGAUCAAGCAAGUAAAUACAAACACGAAGGAUUGUAUGGUAUAUUCUAAGCAAAUGUUAACAAGGAAUUUAAAAGUUACGUGGGAAAUCUCACUCAGUUUUAUAUUUUAUUUUUCUAACAAUAACUUCUUGUUUCCUUUUGGGGUGAAAGUCAUUGUAUGUUGUGAUAAAUUGAUGCACUUUUAGCUUGUGAUAAUCAGUUGUAUGAAGGAGAAAAGAUAAAUUAAUGUACAUUAAAAUUU